AUGGAGUGCAUGAUCGAUCAGAUCGACGCAAUCUUCAAGGAGCAACAAGCGCAAUCCGAUCUACUUCAGAUCCAAAAAAGCCAAGCUGAAGCAUUCCAUGAGCUUCUCACUAAAGCCCAACCUCGACAAGAGAAACGCCCGAGACCAUCGCUUCCGCAUCCUGAAAAGUUCACUACAAGGACCAGAUUUGAUACGUGGGACGCUGCCAUACGAGGCAAACUCACCGUCGAUGGUGAGGCCAUCGGUGAUGCCAAAGCUCAGUUCUACUAUCUCUAUCUAAAUCUUGAUAGUCAUGUCCAGGCAAUGGUCCUCCCUCGGGUUGCCUCUGCCCGAACCUCUGGUAUUUACGACUACAAUUCCAUCCUCGUUCAGCUCGCCCGUACUUUCGGCCAUUAA